AGGAACUCCCUCCAAAAUAAAGAUGUCUGCGCCUAUAUUUGACACUGAUAGCGAGGAUGAGCUGCCACCUGGUUGGGAGGAGAGGGUGACGCUUGAAGGGAAAGUUUUCUACGCAAAUCACGGUUCCAAGGCUACCCAGUGGGAGCAUCCCGGAUCUGGCAAGAAGAAAAUUGUCAAGGGAGAUUUGCCGUUUGGAUGGGAGAAGAAGAUUGCUGAUGAUGGUACAGUGUUCUAUGUGGACCAUAUAAACUCCAGGACAACAUACACUGACCCUAGACUUGCAUUUGCAGAGGAAGUGAAGAAAUCAAAAUUUGACAUCCGCCAAAAGUUUGAUGGAAGUAGCACAGCCCUACAGGUCAUCCAAGGUCGUGACCUAUCGGAAAAAUAUGCGAUAGUAACUGGAAGUAACACUGGAAUAGGUUUUGAAACGGCGAGAACGUUGGCACUUCACGGAGCUGUAGUUAUAAUGGCGUGUAGAAACACUACAGCAGCGAUGGAGUGUCAGGCAGCCAUUUUGAAAGAGCGUUCCUCAGCAACUGUGGAGGUCAUGAACCUUGACCUGGCCUCGCUGAGCAGUGUCCGUGCUUUCGCUGAGGAGUAUAAACGCAAGAAAUGGCCCUUACACCUGUUGGUUCUAAAUGCUGGAGUUUUUGGAAUGCCCUACACAGCCACAGAGGAUGACCUUGAGACUACAUUCCAGGUGAAUCACCUGUCUCAUUUUUACCUGACCAAACUACUAUGGGAUAUCCUUGUGUCCUCACAGCCAAGCCGAGUUAUUGUGGUGUCCUCAGAAUCCCACAGGGCUACAGAUCUGACAGUUGAGAAUAUCUCUGUGGACAAGUUAUCACCAGGCAAAGCCAAGUACAGUGACCUGUGGGCCUACAACCUCAGCAAACUGUGCAACGUCCUCUUUGCAUUCCACCUCAACAAACUACUGGCUCCACAAGGAGUCGUCUGCAACUCCCUCCACCCUGGCAACCUCAUGAGCUCAAGUCUGAUGCGAAACUGGUGGCUGUAUAAACUCCUUGCCUUUGUUGCAAGGCCCUUCACAAAGAACAUGCAACAAGGUGCGGCAACGACAAUUUACUGUGCAGUAUCCCCCGAUCUGGGAGAUUGUGGGGGGCUUUAUUUCAACAACUGUUGUCGCUGUGAACCCUCUAAAGCUGCACAGGACGGCCAGCUGGCACAGAAACUCUGGGACAUAAGUGAACAAAUCCUUGCGACAAAGACACCAACAGAGGAGCUGACAGAUACAUAACACAAGGACAAACUGCCUUCAACAAACUUUAUCUGUGAUAUCGACUGUCUGGUGACUUUCCACUGGAUCGUGUUCAUCUCUGUCAUUUAGUCCCAUAAAAAAACUAUAAAAAUUGUGUUAUUAUAAACUGACUUUUAACUUUAUCAUCAGUUUCAUUACUGUAUAAUUACAUUCCUAUAUUUAUUGACUACAAUUAGAUACUCAAUUUUUUUUCAGUGAUGUUCUGAAUGUUGAAAAUGUGCUUGAUAUUAUAAAUAAUCAAUGUUUGAACAUAUUGACAACAUUUUAUUUUGUAUAGUUUCUCGGUAUUCAGAACAUACAAAACAAACAUUUUUGAAAACUAUAAUUAAGGAUGAUGUUGUGGUAUAUGUGAAGAUAAUUGAACCCGUGGAAAAUUGUAUCAAACACAAUAUAUUCAAAUUAGGGGCUGUAUAUUAAAUCAAAUAUAUUACCAAAUCCAUUCAAAAGUGGGGAACAUCAGGAAAAUUUCAUUACCAAUAGCACUGAUUUUUUGGAUUUUCUUAGUUUUACAGCUAAAUACAGGCUGAAUCCCCCGGAUAAAAAGUGCUUCAUUUUCCCAAAAUGAAGAAAGAAAUCAUGAAUAUCUUCUCAAUUUCAAUUCAGCAAUGAUAUAUUUUCCCAAUUCAUGUAGGCUGUUGUAAAAUUAAGGUUGAAAAACCACCGAGUAGGUAGCAAAAUAACGGCAACAGCAGAAAAAUCUAAUGAAUAAUUUAUGGAUAUUUUUUUUGGUAUUGAGAAUAUCUUUCAUGAGAUCAACCUUCUCUAGAAAAUGUCUACCGAGUGUGUGUGUUAAAUCUGGCAAAUAAGUCAUAAAUCACAAAGAAAGAAGAAAAGAAAAAGGAAAUGCUGAAGUGUUAUUAUAUUUCUAUUAAUCAACUGGAUUACUCAGUCUUUUUGUUAUUGUUCAGUUUUGAUGAUAAUUACAGUAAUUAAGUUGAAAUAAAAUUGCAAAGUAAAUUUUACAGUAAUCUACAGAAACUAAAUGGGAGUUUGCGGACAAAAUUCAUUUCUACAAUAUAUUUCAUAUAUACUUCUAUAUUUUUCAAUUAAAUUUUCUUAACUUUAUUUUUUGACCAUUCCAAAUGAAAUUUUAUGUAGUGUAUUAUAUAAUUAGGAAACACUUAAAUUUUCUUCACAAAAUAUUUUCAUCUUUGUGCAUGCUACAAAUUUCCAUCACAACAGAACUAAACAUACAUAGUGGACAACGAGUUAAAGAUUAGGGUAAAGGUAGAAUUGCACAGAAGAUAAGUAAAUAAAUGAAAUUUCAUUGCCAGUAGGAAAGAUAACAAAUUUUUGUCAAGUUUAUUUUCAAAAUGUUUAAACAUUUUCUUUUUUGAUAAGUUUGAACUUUACUUCUGUUAAAUUGUUUA